AUGCUGCGCAUCAUGGCCAACAAAAUUCUAAUAUUUUCCGGGGCCCCAGAUAGCAACUCUCUCGAUUGGCACACGGGCGGGCUGUUAUCGGGAUUCCAAGACACCAUCGCGCAGUUUACCGGGCUAACCACAGAGACCGGACUACAUCCCACAACCUCGCCAGCGCCAGACCAUGCAGCCUGGAGGUCAUUGUCACUGGACAAAGCAACUAUCCCAACGGGGUUCUCCCAGCAGUAUGACAGAGGUGUUUACUACGGACCCGAGGAAUCUGCUUUUGGGUCCAGUCCCGAGUUCCUCGCCACUGUCUCUUUGUCUUUCGACUCGGAUGCCGACGAUGGCGAGCAAAAUUCCAUCCUCUCACAAUUUUACGAGCAUUCAGUUGUCAUUCACGAAGAGUUGUCUUCUUCUCAACUGAUCUCGCAAUCAACUGGACAAUCGACAUCGUUGCUCAGCGACAGCACCUCCUUUCUGAGCGGCAAUGGUAGCCAGCCAGGAUCCACCAAAGGGCCAGUAUUGUUCCGGGGGAGCGACCUCAUCGGUGACCUCAGGAGUAUUCCAUCAGCGGCCUAUCUUCUUAAGAUUCAUCCGCAAACCAUGACCUAUAACCUAAUCGUAGGCAUCAUCUCCAUCUCACAGCCACGGGCCGUCAAGACCCGCUGGGGUGCCACCAAAUACCUUGUUGAAGUGCUCGUUGGAGACGAGACGAAGGCCGGGUUUGCUAUAACGUACUGGCUUCCGUACGACAGCGUCGAAGACAGCCCUCUUGGGGGAAUGCGGCCCCGGGACGUUGUCCUCAUUCAGAAUGUGGCAUUCAACGUGUUCAUGAAAAAGGUCUACGGAUCUAGCCUGCGAAAAGAUUUGACCCGGGUGCACUUGCUCUAUCGAGUGAAACUGGACCCUCAAGACACUGGGGGAUAUUACACGACGUCCGACUUGUCGUCCGCAGGUGGCGCCCACCCGCAGCUCGCAAAGACACGGCGAGUCCGAGAUUGGGUGCUCAACUUUGUUGGACGGGGAAGCCACAACAGGGCCAAACCGGACCCCAGACCACGCUGGGACAAACCGCCGGACGAUGACACGCAAUUGGCAUGA